ACAGCUAAUUCAUCAACUACGGCAGGAAUUCUUGCUUCCUGGGCAGCAAAUCCAUCUGUUUCAGUGACAUACACAGAUACAAGGUGCCAGUUUGCUGGAACAUGGCUGUGCGUUUGUUCGAGGCACGAGAUCAUGCAGUUUCAUAUCAGAAAUACAGAUUCUCUCCCCCAGAAAAUCUCCAAAGUGUCAUCUUCUCCUACCUGGAAGAAAAGAAGGUAGACCCCAUUCGGCUGGCAGUGGAUGUCGGCUGUGGGACGGGACAAAGCACUCGCGUCCUCGCAGCUCAUUUUGAGAAGGUGGUUGGGACAGACAUCAGUGAAGCUCAAAUAGAGGAAGCCAAACAAGCUGCCUCCUUCCCAAAUGUUUCUUACCAUGUGUGCCCUGCAGAGGAGCUGCCAUUUGCGGAUGGCUCUGUGGACCUCAUUACUGCUUUUACAGCUGCCCACUGGUUUGAUAUGCCGAAGUUCAUGAAAGAAGUGGAUCGCGUUCUCAAGCCACAUGGCUGUGUGGCUCUUAGCACCUACACUACAAACUUCAGUAUGCACUAUAAAGACUGCUCAGAGAGGCUUACAGAAAUCUUCACUGAGACCCAGGACCUUCUUCAUAAAUACGCAGAUGAAAAAGUAAAUCUUGUCAUUGCAGAGUAUAAAGAGGUGUUUGAGUCUGUGCCUUUUCCAGACAAGAAGAGAGUUACCCAGAUCUUAGACAGAAUUCCCAUGUCUGUUUCUGGGGUGAUCGGGUUUUUCCAGUCCUUCUCCAUGUAUCAAGCCUUUCUGAGGAGCGACCCUGAAGGAGCAAAAUCCCUCCUCCAAAAAACUGAACAAAGGUUCCUGGAGACCAUGGAAGUUUGCUCUAAUGAAACCCAGGUAGAGAUCUGGAUGAGGAGUGCUUGUAUUCUGGGCUGUAAGGGGCCAUGAAUGGAAAAUCCAGCAACGACCCUAUAGUCAGAAGAAUAAUCCCAUUUUUGGUAUUUACUGAUAACUGAUGUUAUCACCUUUAAAAUAUUUGAUUAAGAUCCUAGUAAAGUCAAUGGUAAAACACCCUACUCUUCAAUGGGAGACAAUGGAAGCACCAAGUCAAAUCGUAUCAAUAUUAGAAGGGCAUUCAUAGGAUGUUUUUUUCCUAUUUAAAGAGGAAAAGCUCAGUGUUCUGUCUGGCCAUCGUUCAACGAGCAUUGAAAGAAAUCAAGGACCUUUUGCCACAUAGAAGGCUGCGGAGAUUGGAUCAUAUAUGGAAUAUGUAAUAAACAUUGUGUUACCUAAAAGCUGAGAGAUUUUUAGAAGGCUUUAUAAUCCUACUGAGUGAAAAUAGCUUGCAGCAAAUCAACUGCUAUAUGUAAUUCCCUGUCAAUGGGGUAAGCAAAUAGGAACAGCAAUAAUGUUGUAGGGUUAUAGUAAUAAUACUUCACAGGCAUCUUUCAUCUAGAGCCCUCAAAGGGCUGUACCAGGUAAACAAAUAUUACUGUCUGCACUCCACAUUAAGUGAAGUAGAGACCAGCCCAAAACAUGCCAAUUACAGAACUUAUUACAGGCUACAGAUUUUCAAAAGAACUUGGCUUCCAUUUAGGCACUAAAAUAACUGACAGGAUUUUCUAGAAAUCUCAGCACCUUGGGUGCCUAGCUGUGUGUGACAAUCUGGCCAUGAAUGAGCUCUCUUGAAAAUCUGACUCCAUUGGUCAGUGCUGAGCACUUGAAAAUCUGUCUCUAAGUUUCUAAGCUAGAAUUAAUGAGAGUGACUUACAAUUACUAUGAUGGAUUUGGAGCUAUGUAAUAAUCUAAGAAUGUCGAGAUGUAGUAAUUUUAUGAACACUGUAUGUGAGCUGGUCAGUGAAGGGAAGUUAUUGUAUUCUGGCUUAAGACAUUCCUGUAGAAUGUAUCGAUCUAGUCAAAUAGGGGACGGCAGGAAAAACAACCAAGAAAGCAACACAAUAGCCACAUACAAGCAAACCUCCCAACAAACACUGGGCGUCAAUUACAGGACAAUAACCUACUUCCGGUCUCCAGCUCAAAGUGAUGCUGUUUUGCUAGGCUGGGAGCUUAGAGAUUAAAAGCAGCAAAGAGUCCUGUGGCACCUUAUAGACUAACAGACGUUUUGGAGCAUAAGCUUUCGUGGGUGAAUACCCACUUUGUCAGAGAUCAAAAGGACACUAAACAGUUGAAAAGCACCUAUCACGAGAGGAUAGACAUGCAUCUGGAGGGUCGCGGACAAGAUAUGCAUUUAGACAGGUUUAUUAUUUAAAGAUUUUUCUCUUCAGUGCUGUGGUUCUAAAUAUAGACUUUGCUUUAAGAAGGCUGCCUGGUCACUGGUUAACACUGUCACUGCUUCCUGGGAGCAGAGGCACUGAAAAUGAAUCAUGUGAGGUAAUCACAGUUUAGGGCCAGGGCUGCAGGCCCCUGCAUUGUGGGAGAAUCGCAUAAUUCUCCCCCUGAAGAGAGUGACAGCUUGGGACCUGAAUGGGUGUGCACUCAGAAGCCAGGUGGGGUCAGAGGUGCAGUUAACCUGGUAACUGUGACAUAUAUGGUGGCAGCAUGGUGGGAUGGUGAGAGAUUUGAACUUCUAGUAAGUGCCAACAGCAGGGAAAGCAAGUGCUAUUGUAAGAAAAAGCAAAAAGAACGUGUCUUGUGGCCUCUUCCGGAAAUGAAUAGGAAAGGGCAGGAAAGAUGAGCUAUGACUGUGCAACUGAAGAAAGUCAGCUGGUGAAGAUAUGCAGAGAGGGGCAGCUAAACUCCCAAGAGAUGACAAGGCCACAGCUGUUUACCCUGUUGUAUUCUGAGAAUCAGAAAAGGAAUUUCAGAGGAAUCUAACCACACUAGGAAAAUGGAUAACAUUGUGGUGGAUUAAAUUCAGCAUUGAUAAAGACAAGGUAACACACCGUGGAAGGGAUCAUUUGAAUUACUCAUACACAUUGCUGGAUUCCAGGUUAAUCGUAUCGGCUCCAGAGAGAGACCUCAGCAUCAGUGGAGAGGAGCAAACAAAAUUUUCGGAUGCAUAAGGAGUUGGGUUGAAAGUAAUACAGCCUCUCUAGGAACCCUGUGCUCAGUUCUGGGCACUCUGCUUCAGAAAGGAGAUAGCAGACAAAAGUGUUCACAGAUGGGUGAUGAAAUGAUUAGACAUCUGCAGAAACUUUUGAAGGAAAAGAUCUGAAACUGGCCACUGCUGUAAACAGGCUACUAAAAAGGAUGGGCCACUGAUCUGAUGCGCUAUAGCAUUUUUUGGCUUCCCAUGGUGAGGCAGUGUCUCAGCUUCUCAUGUCACCGCUCUCAUAAAUCUGUCCAUUUUAAAAUAUAUAUAUCUAUAUACAGGGCCGGCUUUAGGAAGUGUGGGG